UACAUUUAAGGCUAAAUUACAAAUUUUUCUUUUCAUAACGUGAACAUACGUUAUAAGUAUACAUUUUCCUCAUUUCUGAUUUAAAACCAAUACAAAAAUUACAGUUUUUUUCAACUUGAAGAUAUCUUGACAAAAAAAAUAAAUAUGUAUUUUGCACUGAUUUUCGGCAUUUUUUUGUCUCAAAAUUUAUAUCAGUGCAUUUCUGCAAUAAUUAAUCAUAGUUUACAAAAAAAAAAACCCAAAAGGGCUUUUCCUCUUGAAUGGUUCAGGCAGUAUUACAUUUCUUUAAUAAACAAUUCAAAUGUUCAGAAUAACCCGCUACGAAAUCUUGGGGAUUCAACAAAAAUACCAAUAAGCAUCCCUUUUUUCACAGAUAGUGCUUCCAAUACGUUUUUUUAUACAUUUAUUCUUGUUGGUUCUCCACCCCAAUUACAAACAGUCAUUCUAGAUACAGGUAGCAGCAUCUUGGGGUUUCCGUGUAGCUUUUGCACACAGUGUGGUAUUCAUGACCUUCCUUCUUUUAAAGCAUGGUCGUCCAACAGCUCAUAUUAUAUAUCCUGCACGUCACCCCAAUGCUUUCAAAAGGAUUGCUCUGUUACUGAGCCAACUGAAAUGUGCCGUUAUUAUCAAGGAUAUGUCGAGGGCUCCUCAAUAGAAGGGUUCUAUUUUAGUGAUAUAAUUUCUUUUGGUAUGAUGUCUCAGCAUAGUCCAUCUAUUAGAUACGACUAUAUAGGAUGCCACACUCAAGAAACUCAUUUAUUCAAAACACAGCAUUUCUAGCGUCUAGUCAAAGGUGCACGUUAUGUUUGCAGACCGCUAACGGUAUCGUGGGCUUAUCCUCCCCUACCGUACCCGAGCAACCAUAUUUUAUUGAAAAGAUCAUUCAUAGAAUACCCAAUUCAAAAAAAAUUUUUGCAAUGUGCGGCGCUGACCAGGGUGGUAUGCUACAAUUAGGUGGUUAUAACGCAUCAUAUCAUUUACCGCGCGGCUUGUCAAGUAACAGCAAUCUGAGUGGACAUACAACACUUACUUUAACUACACCUGCAGAGGAUUUCCUUGAUACAGUAGGGAUGAAUAACGCACAAGAUUCUUCUAUAAUGUGGACGCCUAAUUUAUCUUAUAGGGGGUUUUCAAUUGAAAUCAGAAGAAUUGAACUGUUGUUGAAGAAUAUCUCUGUAGAUAUUCCAAUAACAAAAGAGUGUUCUCUUGAUUCAGGAUCUACAUAUACAUCGUUCCCCUUACAUAUUAUCACCGCUUUAAAAAGUUUUAUAACAAAUUCGUGUACAAAUUCAACAGAACCACCUUGUAACACGCAGCUUACUUUUAAAGAAAACGGCUUAUGUUGGAGUAAUCUUUCCAUUGAGGAAACCGAUAAAUUAUUCCCAACGCUCCUUUUAAUAUUACCAAAAAAUGAGACCAUUAAUCUACAGCCUACAUCAUAUUUUUCUCGAGGAGAAAAUGAUAAUGAGUUAUGUAUUCAAAUGGAAAACCGGAAGAAUGAUGUAUGUAUUUUGGGAAUGAGUUUUUUUAAACAUAAAAAUGUAAUUUUCGAUUUGGAAGAGAAAAAAAUUGGUUUCGUGAAAGCCAGCUGUCCAUCUGUGUCAAUUCCUGAUGAUAUUUUUUCGUCUGCUUUAACUUUACCCGAGAUAAAAGAUAGAUGGGAUACUGUUUUUUCGGUUGAAUUAAACGAAUCAUUUAUCUUAUCUAAUGGGCUACUUUCUAUAAUUGUCCACAUAAUUCCUUUUUGCUUGUUCGUAUUUCUCACUUAUAUCAUCGUCAAAUUUAUCAAGCGCUUCUUGUGCAAAGCUUCCGAGAAGGUUCAAUAUCAACCUCUUUCGUGGAAUAGUGACGGAAUGGUGGAAGAGUUAAUAGCAUAGUACAUAAAAUUAGAACAUUUUAAAAUUAUGCUGUAGUGUGAAAUCACGACUAUAUUUUUGAAAAAAUUCUUAAGGCGAACGAAGAUAAAAAAAUUUUCACAGUUAUAUCUUCCGUUCAUUUUAAAAAAUAUGAAUACAUUUCUUUACUGAAUUCAAUAAAAAAUUCUUUGUUAUAAAA